AUGGAUUCCCUCGAGGACAUCCAAACACAACAACUGUCUCUGUCAGGCCUCACUAAUAAGACACGCUCAACCACACCCCCAGGAGAAGGAGGGGCACCGUCGUCGAGCCAGGGUCAGAGCCAGGGCAUGUACUCGUUCGAUAACGUCCAGUCAACACCGCGUCGGAUAGGAGGCCACUCUCGUACGGAUAGUGCGACGAAUUCAGAGAGCAGCAACGAUGGCAUUGAGUGGGAGGACGAGGCAAGAUACUUCGAUACGGAAGAGGAGGAAGAACACGAUGAUGGGGAGGAACACAGUAUGGACGAGGAUGACGAGGACGAAGACGAUUAUGAGUACGAUGACAACUAUCAGGAGCAGGAUACACAAAGACUACUGGCAUCAUCAAGUAAUGCCCGGACAGGAGGAUUGGGCAUGGGCAUGCGAGUUGGCGAGACAGGAACAGGAACGACCAUUGGACUUGACUUUGAGCACAACCAUAGGCGGGAGUACGACCAGGAGUAUGAUGCCUUGCCAUUGACUACUGUGGAUGGCGAGCGGCAUGGAUCAAAGAACAAGAGGUCGGCAAGACAGAAUAGUCGCAGGGAUCGGCAUAGGAUUCUUCAUCCGGGCAUGCCUGUCACGGGUCUUGGCAGUGUCCGGACAGAGCAGGAGCAACUCAUUGCUGCCCGGCAAGUCAGGAUAAAGAUGAUGUGGAAUGUCUUUUACGUGUUCGCCUGUCUUCGGCCAAAAGCAGCACCGUCAGCAAAGGACUUUGGGACAAAGAUUAUGCCAUGCGCUGUGGCGUCAGGAUUGGAUGUUGGAUUGAGUAACAGCAGCUUAAAAUCGAUCACCCUCGCUUUCUAUAAGCGACCCACGUGGACACUAGCAGGAGUUAUCGGCGUCAUUUGCGUUGGACUGUUCAUGAUGGUCAUGUCCGAGGUUGACUUUGUCCUUAUUGGAUUCAUCCAAGUAAUGCUGGCAUCGGUUCUAGGAGGACUGAGAUGGUCGCUGACACAAUUACUGCUCGAGCGGACAGACACCAAAUCAGGAAGCUUGGCCAACCCGAUCUCGACCAUUUUUUUCCUCUCGCCCAUCAUGGGGAUCUGCCUCUGCAUUGUUGCAGGCAUCUUUGAGGGCUUUGGGACAAUUUUUAGUUCUGAGUUCUUCCAAACGUUCCAGUCGGGAUUGUUCACGUUGGGGUUGCUGUUCCUGGGUGGCAUUUUCGCGUUUGCGAUGGUUCUGGCAGAGUUUAAUCUGAUUGCUAGGACCAGUGUCGUCUCCUUGUCCGUUUUGGGAAUCAUCAAGGAGGUGGUGACGAUUGUGGUGUCGUCGCUUGUAUUCCACGACCAUUUAACGGUAGUCAACAUCCUGGGAUUGUUCGUCACGCUGGCUGGUAUUGGGUUCUAUCACUUUAUGAAGCUGCGCGAGAUGAAGAUUCAAUCCAGGAAAGCUGCCAGGGAGAUUGCGGACCUGCACCUGGCAGCUGCUGUCAACAAUCAUGGUGCUGGUGGUGGACGAGGACAGAACAAUGGGACCGUUCGUGAUCACCGGAAGAAGCGGCGGUCUGGAGGAGGAGUACGGUCAGGUCAGCCAGAGAUAGAAACAGUAGCGCGUAGAGGUGGGUUUGAGGAGCAUUCGAACGCGACCCGGGAGGGCGUGUUUAGACUUGAUGGUGAUGAUGACGAUGAUGUAAGAGGAGGAGCCGGUUCUGAGAGAUCUCGCGAUGGUGUGGAUGAUUCGUCGCAGGAGUUGAUUGGGGGCCUGGAGGCGGCGUCUCCACCUACUCAUCAACGCGGCGGUCCAUAG